CCUGGAUUCGGAGGGCGGGGCGAACGACAGCAAAGCGAAAAGGUCGAUCACAAAGGUCACGGAGGUCGAACAGCUGAUCUGGCUGACCUACGUGCUGCGGCAACAGCGGAGGUUCGACGAUGCGAACUCGCUCGACGCUUGCUUGCAGACACUUCAAGGGAAGAGGGUCAUCUUGAGGCCAACAGUGACAUCCGUAAUGUUCUGAGGUUCUUGGUUGCCCUGGCCGGCUGUGGAGAGGUGGACGAGAGACCUACCGAGGCCAAAAUUACCCCAAGAGUUGUGAAUGUUGUGGCGAAACGCCCCACUUUCUUACCGACGGGUCCUCUACACUACGGAGACACCUUCUUACACUCGGCAGAGCAUGGCCGUUUCUACAUGCACUUCCCGGCUGAAUUGUUUAGUCCUGCAUCCAUCGAGCUGAUGAAGGAGAGAACCCCUGUGUCUCCCAUGAGUGUUGAUUCCAUGCUAGGGCUUUGCAAUGCUCUCCCAGGUACUGGUGUGAGCCCUCUCCUGCUGCAGGAAAAUCAGUUUGAAGCUUUUGGCAAAGCUAUGGGUGCAAUGCUACAAGAAAGGAGUGGUGAACUUACUCCGGAUGCUGUACUCACCUUGCCAGAAUUACCAAGCAACCCCCAUGGGUAUUGCUAUUUUGGUCACAUACCCAAAUCUCUUCCCUCACCAUCUAGUAGUGCAGUUGGCAGCGAUGAGGGGUAUGCCUCGUCAAGAGCAAGUUCUCGUCACUGCCCAGAAGAGGAGAAGGGUGACAUAUGGGAGGCAGUGUUGGAAGGCCCUCCUUUAACCUCCCGGAGAACCUGGGAAAACCUCGGGCACCCAGCAACUACCAAGGAGAAAUUAUUUUUGACGGAAACUGGGACUGAGACAUCUCACAGGGUUUGGGUAGUAUACCAGCAGCUAUGGGGGAGCUUUGGUGCUGCUCACUAUGUGCCAAGUCUACAAGUUUGCUCUGAGGAGAAGCUGUGUCAAGAUUUGUUGCAUCUUAUGGUUGGCUUGCCGUCUUUGAAUUUCCCAUGGCAUCAGGAAACAAAGAGCUUUGGCAUCAGAGAGGGAUUGUGCUGUCCAGGCAUAACACCAGAACCUCUCAGACUAUCACUUGUACAAUUUGCUGAAUGUGGUAGCUUCGUGCGGAGGCUUGAAGCUGUGUGCACCCCUCCAGCCAUGUACACACGCCAAGUCCACAUCCAAGGUUUAGUGUUCCGUGCUUUCACUACUGCUGUUUCAAACUUCCUCCAGAUGUAUAGGGGCAUGGUUCUGUCACUAGUUGGUGGGAAGCACCUUUUGCAGCUUCAACAAAAGGCUCAAAAUCUAGUCAAGAAAGUCAAGUUUGUUGCUGAGUUGUGCCACAUCUCCCCUGUAUCAGAAAUAAUUCAAAAUUCAAGCAUGCGAACUAGAACCAAUGGAAAAGGUGCUGGACCUGAAAGUUCAGCAAACACAUCUCUCAAGAGCCAUGACUCAAGCUCAGUAUCACAGAUUCAGAUCUCCACAGGGAAGCUACCAAGGGGUCUCUCUCUCAUUGGGGAACUGCAUAGUCGCUUAAUGGUGACAAAGGAUCGGGAGUGUUCUCUCCUCUUGGUGUCGAUCUUAAAAGCUACAUGCGUACCCUUCUUCAGGUAUUUAGAAGAAUGGGUGUACGAGGGCUUGUGCUCAGAUCCAGGGCUAGAAUUCAUGAUAGAUGUUGAUGGAAGGUCGCUCCUCAAACGGGACAGGAGUUACUGGACUCAUGGGUACACCUUGCGUGAUCUGUCGGACGUGCCGCCAUUCCUUCGUGAGGUCCUCCAAGAGGCUUAUACAUGUGGAAAGGCCCUUAACUUGUUGAAGCUUUGCUCUCCUAAACAUCAUCUAGUAGCAGCAGGUGGAGUUAAGCAUCCAAGCUUCCAAUUAUGUAUUUCAAGCAAGGAAAUGGAAACAAUGAGGAGCCAGUGUGAGAACUAUGCUGCACACAUGGAUUAUUUAGCAGCUAAGAAUCAGGUCACAGCACGCCAAAGAGAAGAACAACUGAGAGAGGAAAAGAAGCGACUUUUGGCCAUCUCUGCAAGAGAGCACGCUGCCGUUAUCAAGGAGAUUGAGAAGAGAAUGAAUAAUAUCCGCCAACUAGAAAUAGAGAGGAAAAGAGCCAGGUUUAAGGAACUCAAAGAGGAAGCACAGAAAGCUGAAGAACGAAAGAUGGAAGAGAAGGCAAAGGAAAUUGAGUUGGAGAAAAAGAUUGCCUUGGAGGCCGAGGAGGUUGAAAAGGAGAAGAAACAACGGGAGGAGAAACUAAAAGCUGAAAUUGAAAUGUAUUAUCAAAAGCUGAUGCAGGCAGCAGAGCGUAGAGAGGUCCUUUCACAGUGGAAAUUGCAACGCUGUCUCCUGGGUGAAUCCCGCAAGAAGUUCAUUGUCAACUUCAAAUGGUCUCCACAGCUAGAGGAUGAAGCAAAGAAAGCCAGCCAGGAGGACGAAGAGGAAGAUGAUACCUCAGAUGUCACGACUGAGAGACUGUUACCUUUGGUAAAAAAGCUGGAUACCCCUUCUGAUACUAAAUCUAUUGAUCACCUGAGUCCAGACCCUCUUCGGAGUGACUGCAUUGAGCCGAGUCCAACGGAGGAAUCAGUAUCAGCAUAUGACAUGACUACUUCCCUCAUGAGCACCUCAUCUGACAUUGUGGACACUCCCCAUGAUGAAAAUCUGCCAGAACUGGAGGUUGACUCAACAAAGAAUAUUAACUAUGAUAGAAAUGUGGCAGAUAGCAGGGUGUCCCGUGCAUACAUGAAGAGCUCCAUUGGAUCUAUUAUUCACAGCAAAGAGCAGACCCAACUCCCUGCAAGAGACAGAUUCCCUGUGCACUCAGACUUCUCUAAUGUUUGUAACCAAACUGAAGCCUCUGCCAUCAAGAAGAAAGUCUUGGAGGAAGAGUUUGGCAUUGUUAGUACCGAUCUGGUCGGAGCUCAGAGUUUGUUGCAUUCUAGUGGUAAUGAAACAGUUACCAGAGAGUUGGUUAGUGAGUUGCAAGUAGACAAUGGAAAUCUAACAGCAGCAGAGAUUCGCCAGAGGGUCCUGAAUGAAGAGUAUGGCAUCAGAGUGCGAGAAACACAGAGGCCAGGGGAUGGCAAUGCUAAUUUUGUCCUGACUCGAACAGCUGGCGAUAAGGUAAAGGAUGGUGAUGAAAAUGGCAAUACAGGUCCAGAUGAUUUAAAUGCAAAUGUUGAUGAAGGUUUUACUUCAGAAUUAGUCACAGUUCAGGAUGAUGCAAAUGCCAAUAGCCAAGAAGCAUGUGCAGUGGCGUCUACUGUUGACUCGGGUCAGGAAUGUACACCGCAGGAGAAAACCAUUAUGGGAAGUGAAGAUGAAAGCAAUGGCAAUGUUCCUAAUCUCAAUGAAGCAUUUGCUAGAUAUCGGGAAACGUGUGCAGAGGCAGCGGCCAUCAAACGUAAAGUUCUUAGUGAGGAAUUUCAGUCCAGCACCACAAACAGGAACACAAUGAAUCUCUUAAAAUCUAAAGCUGUAACAUCGUCUGCAGCAAUGGAAAACAAGAAGCGUGUCCAGGAGUCAGAAUAUGGAAUCGGCAGAGAAAGCACAAGCAGAAAUUCGAGAGCAGCAAUAGCCUACGAGCGGCAGGUUUCAGGAGCCAGCACAGCUAGUUACAAAUCCUGCUUAUCCUAUGACAGACAGACCUCUGGGUCAACUGCCUUCACUACACCUGAUGAAGAAAGGCCAGUCCUAAUAGAUCAGGUGGGUGGCGAGGUACUGAAGGAACGCGGAAGGAGCAUCUACGGGCAUGCUUCUGAUGCUGUCAUACACAAACUGCUCUGGAGACAUGCACCAGCCGUGUCGCCAACCUCACCUCACACUGACACCACCAUGGAGGAUGACCUCUUGUCCGCAAGGAGGCUCUCAGUCGUGCCGAAGGUCCAGCCGUACAGCGUAGAGUAUCUGAAGCUUAUGGAUGAAGCCCCCCUCCUGAAUAUAACUGGAACUGCGCUGACUGGCCACCCGGCAACAGUCGGCAGUGCAAAGAAAGAGGAACUGUUCACGACUCCCACCAACAGCGAACUGGCUUGCCUCCCCAUCUACUUCAUCCGCUCCAUAAGACUUCACUUAGCCACACAAAGCCGCUUGGUGAACACAAGUCUCCUGAGUGAAGUUCUAGUCCAGGAGAGUCUGAUUGACCACUUCUCAGCUCUCCGUGCUCUCCUGCUGCUGCAUGAUGCCCAUUUUGCAAGAGCACUUACCGUAAAUCUCUUCACAAAGUUUGACACAACAAGGGAUCCAGCGACACUUCUUAUUCCCGCUGAGUUGAACAGCAUCCUGCAGAAGUCUGUGGCUGACUCUUGCUGGAGCAGCAGUCCCCUUAUAGACAACCUCUCCUUUGCAAUCACCAACAUUCCUUCAGUGUUUACACAUCAGACGAGUAUUUUGGAUUGUCUUGAGUUACGGUAUCACGUCAGAUGGCCACACACACUCAUUCUCGACAACGCAGUAUUAGCCUCUUACUCUCGCCUGUGGACUUUCUUGGCUUCGUUGCACCACAGCAUCUGGGCAGCGGAUGAUCUCUUCAGGCACACCAUGAGUCUCAGUCGCCAAGAUGCAGAAGGCAGAUUCAAAAAGUGCAGGCAGUUCCAUCAAGUUUGUCUGUUUUCACAUCAGAUGCAUCACUUCCUUCUGGUUGUUCAAGCAUACGUUAUAAGUCAGGUUCACCAAAUCAGCUGGAGUGGGUUCGAGAAGAAGUUGCGUGAAAAAGUCACCUCUCUGGAUGACCUGUACGAACUCCACUGCUCCCAUGUCAACUCCAUUACGUCAAGGUGCUUCCUAAAUCCAAAUGGUGCUGUUGUGCUCAAACUUGUGCGAGACGUGUUUGCCCUCAUGCUGCGCUUCCGAAGCCAGCUGCUAUCUCACCAGUGGCAUACUGAUAGUGCAUCUGGGAUCACUGAACAUCCAGGCUUUGCUGCUCUUCAGACUACCUUCAAGGAAUUCCAGAAACAUGCAACAUUCCUCCAUAAACUGUUAGUAAGAGUAGCAGAGCACAGCAAAAUGGACUACAUCAAGGACUUGGUUAAUCGACUGGACUUCAACGAUUACUAUUCUACAGUUGCCAGAAUAUCAGUUCCGUCACUUCUCAAGGGAUAAAAGCGGCUUAUCCACUUGACAUCUCGAUAUGGAAUCCAAAUUAGUUAUAGCUCCACUUAAAUUCAUUGUUUACAUGUCUAAUGGUUAUUUCAAAAUAAUAUUUCUAGAAGCAUUUUUCUUUCUUUCUAAACUAACUUUUAUGUAUUUAUUUUCUUUAUCCUGCACCUGUCUAGUAAAUAGCUAAAUUUCAAAUUAAUCAUAAGAGCUUUGCACACUAAUAGGCCAAAUUGAGCUAAAUAGCAGUACUACAUAAGAGUAAUAUUCAUGUUACACAUAUAUACUGGGUAAAAAACAAAUUAGGUUCAAGCCUUUCAUUUCAGACAUUUUAAUAAGUCGUUAUUUAUUUUUAAUAGUAGUUUAAGACUAAGUUACUUGGAAAACAAGAUCUUAGUCUUUUUACAGAUUCAGAUUUUAUUUUUCCUUAAUAUUUAUCUUGGAAGAGGCUUUGUGAUAUCUAUUAAAUUUGUUAUUUUUUGUCUUCACUUUGCAACAUUAUGAUAAAAGUUGUAUAUUUCAUCAAUCUGUUACCUACUUACUAUGAAAACUAUAUUAGAUUCCUAAGAAUGAAUGAAAUUCCUAAUAUUUAUGCAUUCCAAAUAUAUAAAUGUUUAAAAAGCUUA